AAAAGAUUUUUUUUUUAUUAGGAAAAAAUUACCAAUAGUGUUGUGGCUUUCUUAUCGGGCAAAUAUUGUGUAUAUACGAUUUAUUUUGCGAUUCGUAGUUUCAGUUCAACUAUACAUGCAUAAGCAUACAAAACUUUAAGCUAUUGAAAUCAGAUAGCAGCAGGCGAAAUUUUUGCUGCCUCAUUUUGCCCCCUUUUUGUGACAGAGUACGCGAUUUCUUGUGUACUUUUGGUUUUGCCUGCAGGCAUAUAACAUCGAAAACGAUGUCCUGUGGAAAUAGUAAUGGUAAGAGACCUGAACUGAAGCAUAUUGCUUCAAUUGUGCGCGCUUUAAUUAAUUCGCGUAAACCACCCUGUUUCCUCCGCGACAUACUUAAAGAUUAUCCUGACGUUGAAAGCACCUCUCUACCAUACCGCAGUUUGGGCUAUAAAACUGCCAAAGAACUUUUAGCGGAAACAGGCGAAUUUAUAUUUACUGACUAUAGGAAUGGUGAUACUGUCGUUACAGUAAAAUAUAAUGAUAAAUCUGCUCAUAUUGCCGCCUUAGUUAGGGGGCAAAAAAGUGCUAAAUCUUCACGUGUCGCCGCGGUAAAGUCUAUGCGUCAGCCAAAUCGAAACGUUUCAUAUAUUGGUGGUACGAUGGGAGGUGGAUUUGGUGACCGUAAUAAUAACAGCUCGCAUCAUAUCAACCAAUAUAAUCAGCAUUCAAAUACGCCAUCUCGAAAAUCAUCGAAUCAUUCUAUGCAAAACUCAAAAUCAAUUGGUCAUGCUUCUAAUCAAUCAAAAGAUUUGCGAGAGAGACUUAAUUCGAAGCGCCAAGCACAAGUGUCCCCUAUAAACGCGCAACAAACGGAAAAACGUUUAGAGGAAUCGAAGCUAAAUGCUCUUAGGCCCAUAUUAGGGGCGGCUACAAAGCCUGCUCAAAAGGGCCAAAAUAUAAAAACGCCUGAAAAAUUAUUUCACCCAGGACAAAGUCAGUCUCAACAAUUGCCUAAAGUAGAACUUCAGAAACCAUUUAAAGAAAUCACUGGUCAAAACACUAAACAGGAAGUGCAAAAGCUGAUUCAAAAAUCUACUGCAAAUUAUACUGUACAAGAGCUACCUAGAAAAGAACCAAAAAAGGUGGUGGAAAAGCCGGCUACGCAAGACGCCCUUAAACCUGCGAUGCGGCAAGGGACUCCGAGCAAUGGAAUUUUAAGUGAAAGUAAAGAUCUAGACUUACUCGACAAUCAACAUUCAACAAAUGCAAUAAUCCCGAAGGAACAACCAAAUCACUUGGUGCAAACUGCUAGAACUUUGCAAGAUCGCCUUAAAUGCCAUUAUCAGCCAGAAUUAGCGCCUUUUCAACAAACUGCUAAGUACAAUGUGAAAAUGGAAGCUAUUAAUGAACUGGCACAAUAUUGCGUCGGAUAUGGUUAUUCCCAACCUAUAUAUAAGGUCAUCAAAAGCAAGCUUCCGAAACUCUCGUAUUCGUGUCAAGUGCAUAUAAAUGAUUCAAUAUUCUCAACGUAUCCCCUUCAAUAUGAAAAUGAAUACUUAGCUCAGGAAGCCUGCGCUAAAAUAGUUCUAGAAAAGUUUAAAGCUCAAGACCAUAAAAAACCGCUGCCAACCUGCUCUUUUACGGAUACGGAGCUGAUAAACAAACUCUAUAUAGAAUUGCUGGAUCGUCAUAGCGGUAUUUUCGUAAAAAAUCUACCUGAGUGGUUUGAGUCGACAUUUCAUCAAUCAUUACCCGAAAAUUGGUGGACUUUAAUGCAAACAUCAAGUAAAUUUUAUACGGAAAUGGAAUAUCAAAAUGCAUUGAUUGUCUAUGCCAAAAAGGAAGAUAAAUCAACAGAUCUCCAUCAGUUCAACAAUUGCAAAGCAAGCGAUAUCGAUGUAUCCACUGUGUUAGAACUGAAAGCCAUUAGCCUACCUUGGUCUGAAGACUAUUGGAAUAUAUUUAUCACACAUUGCGCAUCAACCAUCGAAGUAUGGGGUCGUUUGUUUGGUAAUGAGUAUAACGUUCGCUUUGGCGCACUUAUGAAUGAAAUCGAAGAUUAUAUGGUCGGGCGCAAAGAACGCCCGGCAUCAGUAGUGCGUGAGCGUAUCUAUUUGAUUUCCAUAAACGAUUGUUGGCAUCGUGUGAGAGUUGAAGAUUUGGAUAAGAACAAGGGUACUGCUCUAUGCUUCUUUGUCGAUUUCGGAGAUAUUGAUUGGUUACCCGUGGAUCAACUAUACAUUUGUGAAGCUAACUUCUUAUCUUUGCCCGCCCAGGCGGUACCGUUUUCCUUAUGUGGCUUAGAAGACUUUGAGCAAAAUCCCUUUGCAUGCAAGCACUUGGAUGAGCUUUUGCCUACUAAAUCUGUAGUCGGAAAGAUAUUCACCAAAGAAGGAGAAUUCAACGCGGCCAAUUUAAAAUCGUGCAGUAAAAUACAAGUCGUAAUAUUUGAUACCUCCACCCAAGACGAUAUCAACCUAAAUCAUCUUCUGUUGGAUAACAUUUGCAAUAAUACGCCAGCACCUGAAAUAAGAAAACAUACGGUAAACAAUGUCUUAGUAACGUCUGUCUCCGAUAACGGCGACAUAUACGUGCAAUUAAGAAGUCCAGAAAUGAAAUAUCUACAGAAACUUUUGCAACAAAUUGUGGCAUCAAAAUUCAAACGAGAACAACACAAGGUGACUGUAGACGAUCUGAAACGUUCAAAUCUGCUUCUAAUUUGUGAAGAAAAUGACGACAGCAGCGGGGAUGGAAAUAUGAAAUGGUAUCGCGGUGCUCUGAUUGAUUCCACGCAUUGCCCUCCAGAUGAUGGUUAUUACAACGUUUGUUAUGUUGAUUAUGGUAUAGUGCGUCGCACAAAUAUGUCAAAAAUAUUUUUGCUAGAAAGCUUAAGUGUAGCCUUAAGCAAGUUCCCAGCACAAGCUAUUAAAGUAAGGUUGCACAAUAUACCAACUAUAGCAAAUAAAAUAGUAGCACGCAUACGUGGACUAUUGCCGAUCAAUUGUGAAGCCCUGGUAAAAUUGGCCGUACCCGGUGCUACGCCAUUGGUUACGAUAUAUACUCGUUUGGAGGCUUCUGGAACAUUGUGUACCGUUAAUGAUGCCAUACGUAUUGAACACGAACUGGAAGGUUGCUCUGGUGACAUUAAUGAUUCAAAUAAUGCGGUGAAUUCUCCAAAAGGUCAGAGAGGAGAGAAAACGGGCUCACUUUCAAGAUUGAGUGGCACAAUAAAUGCCGCAAACUUAAGUACUGGUUCAAGCUCGCCUCAGAAAUUAGGCACACUACCGAAGCUACUUGAUUACGAACCUAUGCCAAAAGCCAAUGAAUACUUUGAGGUACGCGUUACCUUAUCAGCGAAUCCUUCCAAUUUUACGAUUCAGCCAUACAAAGACUAUCCACGUUUGAAACAAUUGAUGAAAGAAUUGCAAGAGUUUUGUGAUACUAAUGAUGAACUAAUAGCCACUGAUAUGGUAGAAAUAGGUCAAGCCUAUGCUGCCAAAAAUCCCGAUGGUUUUUAUCAUCGAGCUACCGUUGUGAAAAAGCACAGCGAUAUGAUCCAUGUAUCAUUCUGUGAUUUCGGUGAUGAAACUAUUCUAACCAGUAGCCAAUUGAAAAUUUUACCUCUGAAAUUUCGCCAAUUGCCGAAAAUGGCUAUACAAGCUAAACUUUACGGUAUCAAAGCUAUUAGCGACGAUUGGACUUUGGAUGAUUGUUUGUUUUUUCGCAAAAUUACCGUAGGUCAAACAUUUAUUGCUUCCAUUAAACAUAUAUCUCAUGAUAAAUCUAGCGGUACGCCAAACACCUCAAUACUCGAAUUGGAGCUGAUUGAUGUGUCGACUGACGAAGAUGUUUACACUCAUGAACUGCUAUUGGCCGAAAAGCGCGCUAUACGGGACCGUUAAUUGCACGAUUCUCAACGAAUUUAAUUUACUUUCUAACCUUUUUUUUUUUUAUUUGAAAUUUUUAUUAAAAAGCUUAAGAUGUUUUUUAAAAUCUUACCUUACUUAUCGUUACAAAAACCAAAUCUAUGUAUUCAAUACAUUCCGUAACUAUCAUUUUCAUGUAAAAACAUGCUUUCGAAAAAGUCGUUUUUUCACAAACUUUCAUAUUAUUUUAAUAUACUCACCAUUUGACGAACAGUAUGUCUGCUGUUAAAUGUUUUUAAGCGACACUGUGCAAAUGAAUGAGCGAAUGUCGAAGAAACUGUUGAAAAUGAAAACUUGAGAAAAGAUCUUGUCGAUCACUUACGAAUUGCAUCAAUUUGAAAAAAGUUUUUAAAACGACUAAUCAGCUUGUUCAGAGAGAAACUCCUCACUUAAAAAUCUUUCUUUAAAUUCGUCCAUGAUAAUGUUGAGUAUUAAAGAUUUGCCCCCGACGGCGAAUAUAUUUUAAAUUCAUUCGUUAUUCAUUCACAAUAUUUCUCAU